GGCGUGGUCAAGACUUGAGGAGCUUGACCCGCUCACGAGAGAGGAUUUCGUUUGGAUACCUCUACCCUCGACCGGAACAUUGCCAAGGCCAUAUUGCAACGCCUUGAUGACAAAUCUACGCUUCUACUUGCACACUACAGUACCAGCUCCGUUGACGGACAACGGGGUAGCGGUUGCCGAUCUCCGCUCCUAUCUUGCGAAGAUCGACCGCGAGCAUGCCACCCAAAGGUACGCCGAAACUGAUGCACCUUUGCUCUAUAUCCGCAUUCAAAUCGGAAAGGCAACCUGUAGUGCCUUGAUUGAUUGCGAAGCGUCUCGCAACUUCAUGAGUCAAGCCUUUAUGGCCCGCGYAGGUCUUGGCCCGCGCGUUCGAAGGAAGACGCAACCUACGCAAGUUACACUCGCGGACGGCCGCACACAAAAGUCAAUUGACCGAUGCGUUGACGGCGUUCCGGUCUACUUUGCGCCACUUGCGUGCGAGCCGGUAUCUUUUGACAUCCUCGAUACCAAGUUCGACAUGAUUCUAGGCAUGUCUUGGUUGAGUAGCGCCGAUCAUCCGGUGAACUUCCAUGACCGAACCGUUCACAUCCGUGAUCGGAACGGAGUGUUAGUCCCAUGUACGGUCGCGACCCCUCACACUUCGAUUGCUUGUCACGUGGUUUCCGUUGCGCGGAUUCGCGACGCCAUUGCUCGGAAUGACGUCGAGGAGAUGGGCCUUGUAUUCUUGCAUGCUCUUCCCUCGCCGGACGGACCAGCCGCGUCACCGCCGGACCCACGCAUUUCUCACCUCUUGGACGAGUAUAGAGACGUCUUCGAGGCUCCCACCGGAACGGUUCCGGAUCGGCCUAUACAUCACGGGAUCACUCUCGAGGCUGGCGUCGUCCCUCCGCAUGGAUGUAUCUACCGCAUGAGCGAAGAGGAACUCGAGGUGCUUCGCGCACAACUCGAUGAUCUUCUCGACAAAGGUUGGAUUCGCCCUAGUUGCUCGCCAUACGGUGCACCUGUUCUCUUCGUSCGGAAGAAGAACAAAGAUCUACGGUUAUGCAUCGACUAUCGGAAACUUAACACACAAACCGAAAAGAACGCCGGCCCUCUCCCUCGAAUUGAUGAUCUCCUUGAGCGGUUAGGCGGCGCGACGUACUUCUCGAAGUUGGAUUUGAAGUCAGGUUACCACCAGAUUGAAAU